CCCCCCUUUUUUUUUAUUAACAACAAAGCAGUUGUCAAAACGCAACACCAAGCAUCAACCUGCAUCAGUUCAUAAACAAUCAAGCAAAAGCUCGUACAAAUCAAAGCAGAGCAACAAAACAAGACCUAUCUUCUAUCCUCCAAUUUUCUCUUUUUUCGCUUGGCUCUCUUUCCUCCCCUUUCCCAUUCGCAUAUACAAUACUUUUUUUCUUUGUUUUUUUUUUAAUCCUUUUCCUUUUCCUUCCUCUCUCCUCGUUUUACAGCUGUGUGUCUUUGAUUUGUUUAUCAGCCACGAGGUGUGAUAUCCAUGGUGUUGGCAUCCAAUCUCCCCUUGCCGGACGAAUGUAUUGAUUUGAUUGUAGCGUAUCUUGUUGAAGAACGACAGGCGCUUCAUGCGCUCGUCCUUGCGAGUCGGAAGUUGUUUGCACGCGCCACGCCUAUUCUCUAUCGAUCGCCUUUUCAGCUCAUCGAGAAAACACGCUAUUGGUCUAGAGAUGAGAAAGACAGACGAUCUACUAUACUCCUGGCCCUGUUAUUGUCCUCAAGAACUGCCUUGAGCUACACAUCACCAUCACAACAACAACAGCAACCAGUGCCGGUGCCAUUGCAAGCACCAGUACCCAUCAACCCGUUGAGAUCAUCCUCACCUCCAUCCCUAUUAUCAAAUGCUACACUAGAAGCAACAAUAAACAACCAUACAAGUGGAUCGGCAACUUCGGCGCCAAUACCUAUAUCCGCACCAUCACCGUCGCCUGCAGUGAUGGUGUCAGCAAGCUUUCAUCAUCGUUUGCAGCAGCAACAGCAGCAACAACAGCAACUAUUCAAAUUACAAAAAAAGAAUUCACUUCAUCAGCCUCCCGCCACAUUGGACUAUCUACGAUUUUAUACCCAUCAAUACCAUGUAGAUCUAUGGCAGCCGUUGGUCAACCUACGAGAGUUGGCAUCCAAAACCAAUAUGUAUAUCCUUGAUGAGAGCAAGAAUACACCAGACCUACAGAUCGAUGUGGCGAUGGCUAUGAUCAUGUAUUGUCCCGAAGAUAUCAAGGUGAUUGGCCAAUCCUUCUUACGGGCCCCCCUCGUACUUGUUCCCUAUGUCAUGAUAUUACGAAGCUUGGUACGACUCGAACUAUCAGAGAUCCCAUAUGGAUGCAAGAUGGAAGGCAUAAUAGAGUUCAUCCGAGUACAUGAUGCCGUACAUAAUACGUUGAGGGAGAUUAAGAUCAAAGGCGCUGAAGAUCUGAACCAACAUCCACAUCAGAAUAGGGCCCACUGUGGCCUAGUCAAGAUUGUGCAGUCGAUGCGAACACCUACUGUAGUGGAUGCAAGGUGCUGGAGAGAGGCAAUCCUAGUCUUGAAUCACAUUCCACACGAGUAUUUGAAGACGUUAUUGUUGGGAAUGGGAGAUAUGCCGCCACCUAAUAUGAUGGUCGCGCAGUACUUGGAAUCAUGUCUGAUGCUGGAGGAGCUCCGAAUGCCUGUGCGUGAUGAGGGUUUGUUUGCAUGGGCAAAAAAGGCUCGACUAGCAACUCUAUCAUCGUCGUCAUCAUUGGCCCGUCGACGAGGGGCAGCAGCAGCAGCAUCGGCGCCUAGCAGGCCAGGAUCUGUUCCACUGACUGGAAGUAACAGUAGAACCAGCAGCAGUGACAGUAAAAGCAGCAUGAGCAGCAGUGGCAGUAGUUGCAAUGACGGUCCAUACUUAAUAUCCAACUCAUUGACAUCACUCUCAUCAUCUUCAUUAUUGUCGCCGUCUGCAACAGCAGCUACAUUAGCAACAACAGCAACAUCUGUCCCAUCAUCGUCUCCGCUUCCUUUCCCAACCUCAUGGCAACUACGACAUCAUUAUCAUCCAGAAUGGCACGAGUUUGAAGAGAAGCGACGUGCAAGAGUCAAUAUUAAAUCGCUACAGCUGUGUGGCGAAGAUAGAGAUUUGGUUCCUGUCUUAAGGGAUGCUCUGGAUGGGUUUCGAGACUCGCUCGAAAGUCUCAAGGCAGAAUCUUUGGCCACUAUUGAGAUAACAGCAUUGCCGACUCACAGUUUUAUGCCUUUGACAUGGUCCUGGACAUUACCACGGCUGACAGUUUUAGAAUUAGAGGGCGAGGUUGCCUCCAUCUUUGAUCUGUCUGCGCUAAAGUACUGCCCGAUGUUGACGACUUUAAAGUUGGCAUUACCGACAUAUAUGUAUUCGAAUAGCGAAGAUAGAGUGACUGUGGAUGAGAUGAAGAGACGGGUCUCAGAUAUUUGCUUAGCGACCCAAUUGUUGGAUCUGGAGUUGCAUGGAAAAUGGCCGAUUUCGGAUGAGUUGUUGAGGAAGAUGGCUAUGGAGAUGAGGCGAUUGACACGGGUGUAUGUUGUGAAUUGUACAGGAUUUACCAUCGCUGGGAUCUGUGCGUUUGUCCUGGGAUCGGAGAGACUGGAAUCGUUGGCCAUCAGCAAGUGGCUAUGUUAUCGGGGUCCUUCGAGAUCACAGUUGCAAUAUCUGAUGGCCCUAAAUCCGAGGUUGGAAAUCAUUGAGGAGUGAUAAACGAUUUAAACUUGAAUACCCAAUGGGAUUGCUGCGGAUUAAAAAAAAAAAAGAAAAAAAAAAUUGAAACCGGAUAGAACGGAAAUGAAAUAACAAUCUUUUGUUUCACAGAACACAGAAAAGGAGUCAGGAGCGAUCUUAAAUUCCAUGAUCAAAUAGUUAAUGUUGUACAAGCUUGCGUAGAAAGAUGAAGCGUGAAGCAUAUGAUUAUUUAGUAGGUUUUUUUUUAUUCCCCAUUACAUAGUAUAUACCUUUUGGCAUAGGUAGCCUAGCGCUCUAAAAAUCUU